AUGGCGCCUCUCAUCCUCGACGGAGGCUUCUCUCGAGAUUUGAUACGCCUAGGUGCACCAUUCAAACAGCCAGAGUGGUCAGCCUUGUCGCUUUUAGAAGCACCGGAAUACGUACGACGAGUACAUGUGGAGUUCGUCAAAAGUGGCGCCGAUAUUAUCACGACGAAUUCUUACGCUUUGGUGCCAUUUCACAUUGGCCAAGAUCGAUUUAACCUUCGGGGUGCAGAGCUCGCUGCACUUGCCGGCAGACUCGCUCGAGAGGUGGCAGACAGGUCCGCCGAUCAAGGGGCGAAAGUGCUAGUCGCUGGGAGUCUACCGCCGAUUUUCGGAUCCUAUGAACCCGACAAAUUCGAUGCGCAAAAAGUACAAGAGUACUUGAGUAUCCUUGUCGACGCACUCGCCCCGUAUGUGGAUGUCUGGCUUGGAGAGACACUGAGCCUCAUCGCCGAAGCGCAGGCCGUGAGACUGGCAACGCGUAACACAGACAAGCCUUUGUGGAUCUCUUUCACACUAGACGAUACGAGUCAGCAGAACCCGCCUUGCCUCCGCUCAGGUGAGUCGAUUGAGCAAGCAGCCGAAUGGGCACAGCGAGUCGGCGCCAGCGCGUUGCUUUUCAACUGCAGUAGCGCCGAAUACAUGGCGCCGGGGAUCAAAAUUGCGCGGGAUGUCUUUGCAGCAUACUCGGCCUCGCCGCCUGUGAUUGGCGCAUAUGCCAACGCUUUCGCAAGUGCGGUAGGAGAUCAGCCCGCAAACGAGGGCCUAAAUAUCACCCGGAAAGAUCUCACGCCGGAGAUGUACGCACAAUUCGCCAAGGAAUGGAUAUCUCUCGGUGCCAGUAUCGUCGGAGGUUGCUGUGGCAUUGGCUGCGAUCAUAUUCGAGAGUUGGUCGCGCAACUCAAGUCCCUGCGUACGGCUCAUCCUUAG